CGUUAAUUCAUGAUAACAGUUUGUUGAUGAGAAACUUACUAAGCGUUAUAGGCCAUCAUUAUGGCAUCAGUGGCUGGUUAGAUGGGAUCAUGUUUCCUAAAUUUCUGUUUCGGUUAAUGAAGUAUUAAUUAUCGCGUUUUGUCCGUGAAAGAUUAAUUUUCCACAAAUGAUAUCAAUCUCAGAGUGAAGGUUUCUCACUAAAGGUCAUUUUGUGUUGCAGAACCUGUGCAAGUUGCGUAUUCUUACUGUCUGUUUUGCUCCUAAUUUUGUCGGUGAAUUUUUAGCGUGAAUUACAGUUUCACAUUUAUCAGUAUGAAUGUGUCAGUUAUGAAGGUUACGUUGCAUCAAGUGAGUAACGAAGCAUGAGGAACCAGCCAUUCCGAGUCAUUUUAACGUUUUUCUUAUUUCAAAAUAUUAAGUUAUAUAGUUUUGUGCUACCGCCUUUAUUACUUAUCAAUCUUACAUUCAGCCUAAGAUCCAGGAUCUAAAAAUAAGAGUAAACUAAUGUCAUCUUCUGCAAUCUGCAUCUAAAAAGAAACCAUGGACACCACUUAAAAAUAUAACGACACUGCCUACAAGCUGGCAGAACUUGAAAAACAGACGCAUAUCUUGCGACAUGGUACAGGACAAAUUAUGUUUAAUGCAGAAAUAUGGAGCAGCUUAAGGCCUCUUUCUGCAAGGAUACUGGCCAAAGCGUAUCAGUGAAAUGUAUGUUACAACCACACGAAACUGAAUCCAGACUUGCAAUUCGGGACAAGAACAUACCAAUAUGUGCAAAACAGAGUUAUGCAUCAACGGCAUGUGGGAAGGAAAACCGGGCCACUGAACAUGUUUCACGCUACAAAGGAUCGUUAUUGAAGAAUUUAAAUGUAAAAAAUAAAGCAGGAAAUUUUAAAAAGAGUAAAGCAAGUAUAUCUGGCAUUGUUACAUCUAAAACAGAAACUGAGACAUUGCCUGAGGAGUUUCUAUAUGUUUCUGAAUACAGCAGUGACAUAAUUGAAUACCUGCAAAAAUUAGAAAAAGAAAAGCAUAUUCCUCAAAGUAUACGAAGUAAGUAUUCCGCAAAUCACGUUAUUGUAGUAAACUGGCUGACCCGUGUUCAGCACAGACUUGCUCUGCCGGGAUGGACGUUACACACUGCAGUGAAUUUAUUGGAUAGAGCCAUUUAUGUGAAGGACAUCCAGUCACAUGAACUGCAGCUGAUUGCUUGUACUGCAUUAUGGAUUGCAGCAAAGUGCAAUCAGAAAAAUAAGGUUCCAAGCGUUUCUAGUUUCUGCAGUCUUUCUGAAUUUAGUUUCUGUAAGUUUGAUAUGUAUGAUAUGGAGAUAACCUUGUUGAUUACUUCAGAUUUCAAUCUCCAUAUUGUCAAUCCGCUGACUUUUGUGUCAUAUUAUCUUAACAUACUGUCAGUUAAAAGUGAUAAGGUGUACUAUACAUGUAAUUACUUGCUUGAUAUUGUGUACGCGGAUAUUAAUUUUUCUACAAAAUGCCCCUCCUUGCUGGCUGCUGCUGCCGUUUAUGCUGCACUUCAUAUAUAUCAAAAACAAGAACUUUGGAAACAAAAGGAAAAUUUUAAAGGAUUUUAUACUUCAGACAAAAUUUGGAGUAUAUCUGACAUUAUGUUGACUAAACUGAAAAACAACAGCAGUGACACAGGCCCUUUCAAAAAAUAUAACAGCUCAAUAUAUAACAACUUGAGUACUGUUUUGUAUAACUGGGUGAAAUCAAGCUAAGGUUGAAUCUAAGGUCACACAUUGUAUGAUUGUAAUAGGAGAUUCCUCUUAUUAUAAUAUUCUAAGAAGCAGCUAAUAUGAUAGGUUUACAUAUAAAUUGGAGUUGGUACUUCAUAUAUAUAUAUAUACUCUGAUAUUUUGUGAAUGUUAGAAAUUUUUAAAGCUUGGAACUAUGGAAAAAGAAGGAAAAUAAUCAGGGAUUUUAUACAGAACAGGAAGUAUAUCUGACGUUCAUCAUUUUGGCUGAAUUGAUAAACAAUGAAGUGAUACAGGUCUUUAAAGAAAUAUAGUAGCUCAAGUUAUAAGAAUCGUAAUACUCUUUUUUUGCAUUUAGAUUAAGUCACACUGUCAGAUGUAAGGUCACAAAUUGUAUGGAUGUAAGAAGAGGUUUCUUUAUUAUAUAAUGUUCUUAAAAAUGGUUAAUAUGAUGUCUAUACAUAUAUAUUUUUAUGGAUAAAUUUAGAAUUUCUUAUUAAUUUUUUUCCUGUAUAUGUGUACUGAUAGUUUGUGAAAGUUUUUAAAGCUUGUGGUGGAGUCUUAUUGAUUUUGCACACUGUUAUAUGUCCCACUUUAUUAAAGAAUUCAUACAUAUUUUAAAAGGACAGUGUUUGUUACUAUUUUGUGGAUUAUAUUUUAAAGAAAUGGAAUUA